UAGUUAACAUAUUGGAAAGUUAUAUUAUAAAGAAAUGAACGCAGAACAAUAUUUUCAACUAUACUAUUGACAUGCUUAGAGUGCCAUUGACAAUAACUCCAGCUUACAUUUGAUGGUAGAUUCAUACUGAAUUGGAUUAUUUCUGUUGCUUUCUUGGAGGAAUGCCUUUGAAUGUACUAGGCGUUGGUGUUGGUAAGCUUUAAUACAUGCGUCUUCUUCUGCGCCUUAAUAUAAUGUCACAAGUAGGGGUACUGCAUCUUUCAUCAAGUAUCAAAUAACAAAACUCAUGCGUUAUUGGUAUUUUGAAGGUGGUGGUUGCGGUAUGGGUUUAGGCCUCGGUUGGGGUUUCGGGACUGCCUUUGGUAGUCACUACCGAUCAUCUAGACUUACAUUUCAAGGCAUCCAGUUAGGCAAGGCAGAUAACAUGUCCCAAAACACUUAGCAAGUCUUGUCUACCUUCAGUUAUUCGAAUUAUUAAGUCCCAAAUCCCUGAGCUCGGAUUUGACUCUGAAAUCCAAAACCACUUAGAAUUUUCGAAUAAAAAUCCAUAUUUGUAUAACAAAACAUCCACUUACACAAUGUGUCACUCUACGAUGUGUUUACUCGAAUUACUACUGUGUACAGUUGAAAAGUAGUUUUUGCAAAAUCCGUCUCAUUUGAAAAAUCCCGUAGACUUUGCAUUUUAAACUGUAUAAUCACAAAAUGCAACAAAACUCAGAAGAUGUGGAAAGAAAUCAUGCGAAUCAGACACAUCACCAGGAAACUCGUUUUGGUGAGCCACCAUAUACGCACCUCUCUUUACUGGCACGCCACCCAUGCUAACUUGCUUGUACUAGGUGCAUAUAUAUAUAGUGAUGUGCGUGUUGCUAUGUAUUCAAUCACAAGUACUACAUUCUUUCUCAGAUUCUAACUAAAACAAUUGUGUCAGUAAGUAGCCAUCAUGGGCAGAGUGAUGUUUUGGUUUCUUGUUUCCAUGUAUCUAUGCCUCAUUGGCCAUAUGAUUGGUGAGGCUGCAAGAGAAGGUGCCAUGAUGAGUGAAGCAAAAUCCCAUGAUAUGGGAAAGAGUAACCGACACGUAACGGGGUUAAAGGGUGAACUCACAGCUGGCGGCUAUGGGGGCGGGGAUCCAGGGUAUGGUGGAUACGGUCCAGGUGGUGGUGGUGUUGUGAUUGGUGGUGGAUUUGGUGGGGGUAGUGGUGCUGUGGGUUGGGAUGGAGGAAACAGAGGAGGCGAUCCGGGAUACGGGUCAGGUGGUAUUGGUGGUGGAGUCAUCAUUGGCGGUGGUGGUGGUGGUGGUGGUGGGUGUGGCGGUUCAUGCGGUGGUGGUGGUGGACCUGGUGGUGGAUAUGGACACCUUGAAGCCAGCAUGAUGGGAUCAGGCAAAAACUAGAAAGAAACAAGCAGUUUUCUUUAGAUCGUAGAAGGAAAAAAAGAAGAAGAAAUAAGGAUGUACUUUAGCAUCUUGAUCAUGCUUAGAAGUUUGUAAUGGUGUCACGUUUAAUGGAAUAAGAGUUUUCUUUGGUC